GUCCUAUUCAAAUUCCGCGCCGAAGUCACAGACGAGCACAAGCAAAAGUUUGUAACGGAGCUCAAGAAGCUCAAAUCCUUACCAUGUGUCAAAGAGCAGCGACUUGUGGUGGGAGGAGCAUCGAUAACCGAUCCCAUUGAACGAAGCAAAGGCUUUGAAUUUGCUCUGCUCAGCUUUCACGAAGAUCGAGCCGCGCUUGCAGAAUAUCAGAAAUCAGAUGAGCAUCAUCAUGUUACGAGCACAUAUAUGUUCCCAUACAAAGAAGAUCUCAUGAGAUACGAUUUCGAGGUUGACGAAGCGGAUGAACAUCUUCUUGGAUUCUUGCCCCAGCGAGUGUCCCGCUCCAUACUUUUGUGUGAGGUAUUCACAAACUUCCAGCACACGGAAAGGGCCGAAAUGGUUCAAGCGGGUUCCUUCCGCAAGUUCGGAUUUUCCGCACCUCUCUCUAAUUGCGAUGGGCUAUCUCCAGUUUGCACAUCUUGUAGUAAAUCCAGCAAGGAAUGCGAGUAUCAAGAUGGUAGCGCGGUCGAGAACCAAGCACGAGCGCGAUACAUACACUAUCUUGAGCACCGAGUGCGCUGGCUAGAAGGCAUCGUCAAGGAAAGGUGUCCUGAUGUAGGUCUCGCAGAAGGACCUGAUGUAGAAGACGCUGAGAAUGUCAACAACACAUCAGUCUCGACAUCCGACGCCGCUCUAGAUCCUCAGCCUGAUGGUCACUACGAACGCACGGCGGAUGUUGAGGUUCUAGAUGACACUCAGGAUGUACAGAUGAACGUUACCGAGACAACCGCAAGUAUUCCCGAGGCACCCACGAGUGCUCCACAACCCGCAGAUUCGAGCCUGGCCCAUCAGAUUGGCCUCGUGUCGCUUCCCAACGGAGAUGAUCCGCGCUACAUCGGUCCGUCCAGUGGUCACUUUUUUACCCAGCUGGUUUGUACAGCCAGUGCGUUGACUAGAAGCAAUAAUUCAACUCGCCUCAAUCGGGGUAAUGCAACCCUACAGCGAGACAAUGCUCUUACUCAAAAGUUGCUUCGUGAUAUCCAGACGCCGCUGCCGUCCAGCAAAGACCUGACAGAGGACUUGACUCGGACAUUCUUCAAUACAAUCCACCAGCACCUCCCAUUCCUUCACGAGCCGACGCAUAUGCGAUUAAUAGAAGAGGUGUACGCUUCUAUUGAGCUAGAUCCUAUUGCCGCUUUCCAAGUCUAUAUGGUGCUUGCAAUCUCGUCAAUCAUGUUAUCGCGCCGAGACAGAGUUGCACUGCCUAGUGAAGGCUGGGCCGCAAUGGCUGCUUCGUUCUUCGAGAAGAGUCCCAUCGAAAGCUCGACUCGAGGGCUACAGUGCCUUUUGCUACUCCAUGUCUGGGGCAUGCACAGUCCAGCAACGAAACUGAACAUCUGGUAUCUAAACUACCAAUGUAUCGCGAUGGUUGUAGACCUUGGUCUGCAGAGGGAUGUCAAGUCGGCAUCGUCCAUCUCAUCGUUUGAUCAGGAGAUGCGAACGAGAUUAUUUUGGGUUGUAUACAGCCUGGACAGAUCUCUCUGUACUAUGAUGGGUCGACCAAUAGGCCUGAGAGAUGAAGCAUGUGAUUUGAGGCUCCCUUCAGAUAUUGACGACAUAGGUCUGACCCAGAUCAAUGGCAGACCUAGAACAGAAUCAGAGCCUCCAACCCACAUGACUUAUGCCAUACACCUGUUCAAGCUUGCCAAACUCAACUCCGAGAUGAAAUAUAUCCUCCACAGCAUUUCUAGAGACACGCCAGCCUAUGCCUACCCAGCAAUUCGCUGCAUGAGGACCUGGCAGAGAGACAUGCGGGAUCGCCUCGACCAGUGGGCUGCCUGUAUACCACAAAGAUCUGGCCCUAAAGACUAUGUGAUGAAAGUCUGCGACAUCCGCUACCACGUCCUGAAGACGCUUCUUCUCCGACCAAGUCCCGGCAUACCUCAACCAAGCUCGGACGAUCUGAAAACUUGUUACGCGAGCGCUUUGACGGCCAUCAGACUCUACCAUGAUUUGUAUGUCGAGAAUGCACUAGUCUUUACUUGGGCAUCAUACCAUUCGAUCAUGAUGAGUGCCGUGACGGCUUUCUUUUGCAUCUGGACUUGUCCGUCCGUUGCACAGGUCAUCGUGAUCGAUGAGCUCGUUUCUGAUCUAAGAGCAGCAUCGAAUAUCCUAAGUGCCACUGGUGAGCAUUGGCAAGGAGCCAAGCAAAGUCGCAACAUCCUGGACGAACUGUCUCACAGAACCAUCAGAUGGAUAAUGGAUCGCAAAAAUGGUAGUAACCACGAUCAUCCCGCACGACCGAGCGAAGUGAAUUUCGGGAACUCCGAUUCGACAGGUCAUGAUAGAACAUUCAACCAUCACUCCAACGUUGGCAAUGUACCAGGACAGUCGCAAGCCGAUGAGCUUGAAGCUCUGAUGCAGCAGUACAGUCGGAGCUGGACACCAGGACUUGAAUUCCUGCCAUCAACUUUCGACCAGAUGUCCGACAUGAACACAGGUUUAUGGACUGGAGACACCAACACGGACGCGUUCCUUCAGGAUCUUUUCGAUGGAAUGGCUCCUAUGUCAUUUUGA